AUGGCUCCCAUCACAAAGCAGUAUGACUACAUAGUCAUUGGGGGAGGGUCGGGCGGAAGUGGUACUGCCAGAAGAGCCAGUGGAUGGUAUGGGGCGAAGACUUGCAUUAUUGAUGCCGGAGUGUCAGGCGGCACCUGCGUGAAUGUUGGAUGCGUGCCGAAGAAGAUGACAUGGAACUUUGCCUCCAUCAACGAGACUAUCAAGGCAGGAAAACACUACGGUUACAAUUUUGACAAUGGGUAUUCGUUCGACUUUAAGAGCUUUGUCGAGAAGAGGGAUGCCAGGAUCAAAGUGCUGAACGGCGCGUACGAAAACAACUGGGCCAAAGAGGGAAUCGAGUUGAUCCACGGUACAGCCACGUUCGUCAACGAACAUGAGCUGGAAGUCACGCCUAAGCACGGAGGCGACCCAUUCCGGGUCACUGCGCCACAUAUCACUAUCGCGACCGGCUCAUUUCCUACAAAGCCGGAGAAUAUUCCAGGCUCAGAGUAUGGCAUUACCUCGGACGAGUUUUUCCUCAUCAAGCACUUGCCGAAGACGAUGGUGUUUGUAGGGGCAGGGUACAUCGCUGUGGAACUCGCCGGGGUCAUGAAUGCCCUUGGAGUGGAGACACAUCUUUUCAUCCGACACAACACAUUCCUUCGAAAAUUCGACCCCAUGAUCCAGGAGACCAUGACCCAGCAUUACGAGGAUUUGGGAGUUCAUGUCCACCGUAAUCAUCCAGGCAUUAAAGAGGUGGUACCAGUGCAAGCCGCUGCGGAUGCAUCCGAUCCCAGAGAGAAACAAUUGAAGAUCAUAUCGAAUGACGGGACGGAGUUGAUCACCAACGAGCUCUUAUGGGCCAUCGGACGAGGUCCCGAGAUUCGGGGUCUUGGGGUGGACAAGAUACCUGUCAAGCGCACUAAAUCCGGCCACAUUGCGGUUGACAAAUACCAGAACACCUCUGUCGAAGGCGUUUACGCGCUCGGAGAUGUAACAGGCCAAGCUGAGCUCACCCCUGUAGCCAUAGCAGCUGGACGGCAGCUGGGCAAUCGCCUUUUUGGACCUCCCGAACUCAAGGACUCUCAUCUGGAAUAUGACAAGAUUCCAUCCGUGGUGUUUUCACAUCCCGAGGUGGGCUCCACCGGGUUGACAGAACCCGAAGCCAUUGAGAAAUAUGGCAAGGACAAGGUGAAGGUCUACCGCACCAGAUUUUCCGCCAUGUAUUAUGAUGUAUUCCCGCCCGAGGAGAAAAAGAAAGAACCUACCGAAUUUAAGCUCGUCACCAUCCUUCCAGAUGAGAAGAUUGUUGGAUUACAUAUUUUGGGCAAGGGAUGUGAUGAAAUGCUGCAGGGUUUCGGCGUUGCCGUCAAAAUGGGCGCGACAAAGAAAGAUUUCGAUUCAUGUGUCGCCAUCCACCCGACGAGUGCGGAAGAGCUGGUGACACUGAGAUAG